AUGGGCGCGCUUCUCUCUCUGCCCUUGAUGGCAGUUCCGAGUCUCGGGACAAUUCUGACGUUUGGCGCUUCAUGCUGCGGUGCAGCUACGUGCUCUGCGAUAUGUAGCGCAUGCGGGAAGUUCCAGAGCAGUAUGGCCACUCGAAUCGCAUACGCCUUCAUACUCCUAAUCAACUCCAUUCUAUCCUGGGUCAUGCUCACACGGUGGGCUCUCAACAAGCUUGAACACCUUACAUUCGACUUCUUACCCAUAACGUGUGACGGCAAAGAGUGCCAUGGCUGGGUUGCCGUCCACCGAAUCAACUUCGCCCUGGGUCUCUUCCACAUGAUACUUGCCGUACUUCUUCUGGGUGUCCGAUCUACAAAAGACGAACGAGCAAAACUACAAAAUGGAUUCUGGGGCCCAAAAGUCAUUAUCUGGCUUGCAUUUAUUGUCAUGUCCUUCUUCAUCCCGGAGAGCUUCUUCAUCGUUUGGGGCAACUACAUUGCUUUUGCCGGAGCUAUACUCUUCCUACUACUGGGCCUUGUCCUCUUGGUCGACCUAGCUCAUAACUGGGCCGAGCUCUGCUUGCAUAAGAUCGAUGAGACCGAUUCAAGGCUAUGGAAGGGUCUGUUGAUCGGAUCUACCCUUGGAAUGUACCUUGCAUCUAUUUCCAUGACCGUACUCAUGUACGUCUUCUUUGCCGGUGCCCACUGCGCCAUGAACAAAGCUGCCAUCACCGUUAAUCUCCUACUCUUCCUUAUUGUUUCUCUCGUAUCCGUACAGCCAGCAGUACAGGAGUCUAACCCUCGUGCUGGAUUGGCCCAGGCAGCUAUGGUCACUGUCUACUGCACUUACCUGACCAUGUCUGCCGUAUCCAUGGAGCCGGACGAUAAACAGUGCAACCCUCUGCUACGCGCCAACGGCACCAGAGCCGCAUCCGUUGUUCUCGGUGCCAUAGUUACCAUGUUGACGAUUGCUUACACCACAACCCGUGCUGCCACUCAGGGAUUCGCUAUGGGAUCUAGUGCUGCGCAAAACAACUAUUCCACUCUCAACCAGGAAGAGCCGGAGCAUAGCCUGGUCGUCCAGCAGCCAGGGCUCACUCGGCGUGAGAUGCGUGCGGAAGCUCUCCGUGCUGCUGUCAACAGUGGUAGUUUGCCUGCUAGCGCUCUGGACGACGACGACGACGAGUCUGAUGACGGUAACUCGAAAGACGAUGAGCGAAACUCGACGCAGUACACAUACUCUCUAUUCCACGUCAUUUUCCUGCUGGCCACGAUGUGGGUUGCUACACUAUUAACUCAAAACCUUGAGAUGGACAGGGAAGCCCACAACGACGACCUGGCCCCUGUUGGCCGCACAUACUGGGCCAGCUGGGUGAAGAUCAUCAGUUCCUGGGUGUGCUAUGCUAUAUAUCUCUGGACCCUCGUUGCCCCCGUUCUCCUACCCGACCGAUUCAACCUAUGA